UGUGACUUUUGCUGCUCUUCUUCUACAGGCAGACCUCCAGGUGGACAAAGAGAGGCAUAAUUUCUUUGAGUCCUCCCUUGAUUAUGUUUAUCAAAUCCAGGAAGUUCAGGAGUCUAAGAAGUUCAAUAUUGUGGAGCCAGUCUUGGCCUUUCUUCAUAGCCUCUUCAUUUCCAACAGCUUGACUGUAGAGCUCACACAGGAUUUUCUCCCAUACAAACAGCAGCUCCAGCUCAGUUUGCAGAAUACAAGAAAUCAUUUCUCCAGUACUCGGGAAGAGAUGGAAGAACUUAAGAAAAGGAUGAAAGAAGCUCCCCAGACAUGCAAACUUCCAGGACAGCCAACCAUCGAAGGCUAUCUCUAUACACAAGAGAAAUGGGCUUUGGGAAUAUCCUGGGUUAAAUAUUACUGCCAGUAUGAGAAAGAGACCAAAACGCUCACCAUGACACCUACGGAGCAGAAGCCAGGUGCUAAGCAGCAGGGGCCCUUGGACUUAACGCUGAAGUACUGCGUGAGGAGGAAGACAGAGUCUAUCGACAAAAGGUUCUGUUUUGAUAUAGAAACUAAUGAAAGGCCAGGAACCAUAACUUUGCAAGCUCUUUCGGAAGCUAACAGAAGGCUAUGGAUGGAAGCCAUGGAUGGAAAAGAACCUAUAUACCACAGCCCCAUAACAAAACAGGAAGAAAUGGAGCUGAAUGACAUAGGGUUCAAGUUUGUUAGAAAGUGCAUCAAUGUCAUUGAGACAAAAGGGAUCAAGACAGAAGGAUUGUACCGUACUGUGGGCAGCAAUAUCCAGGUUCAGAAGCUGCUGAAUGCCUUUUUUGAUCCUAAAUGUCCAGGAGAUGUUGAUUUUCAUUAUAGUGACUGGGACAUUAAGACAAUUACCAGCUCCUUGAAAUUCUACCUCAGGAAUCUUUCUGAACCUGUCAUGACCUACAGACUUCACAAAGAGCUGGUCUCUGCUGCCAAGUCUGACAACCUGGAUUACCGGCUGGGAGCUAUUCAUUCCUUGGUAUAUAAGCUACCUGAAAAGAACCGAGAGAUGCUGGAACUUAUUAUAAGACACUUGGUCAAGUAAGUAACUUCUGGAUUUUCAGGA